GUGUUUAUUAACACUUUCUUCCUCAGCAGGCGGCUAGUUCUCGUCCAUAAGAAAAAAGUUUUCUCGGAAUACAAAAAAACGUUUUUAGUGAUUAGGGUUUUCGAGAGGUUUUAGUAAAUUGAGUUCAGCAGACUACGCUAUUGUGAGUCUUGCUCUCUCUGCUCAACUUUCCGCUCCACAGCCAUGGCCGACACAGAGAGUCAGUCUGCGGAGGAAAUCAAACUCAUUCAGAAAAGGGUUAUCAUGGACGGGGAGUCUGAGGGAGAAGAAGAAGAGCUUGAGGACGAGGAGGAGGAAGACUGGAACGAUUGGGGAGAAGAUGGCGAUGAAGAACUCGACUCGAACUUCGUUUGUUUAUUCUGCGACUCCAAUUACACUUCCUGCAACGAGUUGUUCGAGCACUGUCGUUUGGCUCACAAGUUCGAUUUCCAAGGGAUAAGGAAACGGUUGGGCUUGGAUUUCUAUGGUUCGUUCAAGCUCAUCAACUAUGUCCGCUCUCAGGUAGCACAAAAUGGAUGCUGGAGUUGUGGGGUCACCUGUCAGUCCAAGGAGGAAUUGCAGAACCAUUUACAUGAAACCGCCAAUCUGGAAAAUGUUAGGCUUCUGUGGGAUGAUGACAAGUACUUGAAACCUUUUAUGCAAGAUGAUAUGCUCCUGCACAGUUUCAGUGAAGAGGAGGAAGAAGAUGAUGAAGAUGAUUAUAAAGCAUCAUUUGAUAAAGAUGAACUCAUGAGGCAUCUGGGGGAUAUUGGAGUGCUGAACAUCAAUGAAGUUAAAACUUCUGAGCAUCAUUCUGAAAGUUUUAAACAAAAUGGAACCAAAGAGCCCGCCUCUUCUUCAAAUGGCCAGGUCGUCUACAAAUCUCUGCAGCCUUUAAUAACCAAUGGUGUAUCGGGUGAUACAGAACCCACAAAUAUUGUUAACCUUUCUGCAAACAAAAUCAAGACAGUGAAUGACAACUAUUUUGGAUCCUACAGCUCUUUUGGCAUUCAUAGAGAGAUGAUAAGUGAUAAGGUACGGACCGACUCUUAUAGGCAAGCCCUCAUGAAAAAUCCUUCGCUCUUAACAGGCGCUGUUGUAAUGGACGUUGGCUGUGGAACUGGCAUUUUAAGUCUCUUUGCAGCACAAGCAGGGGCUACAAGAGUAAUUGCAGUUGAAGCCAGUGAGAAGAUGGCUGCUGUUGCAACACAGAUUGCUAAAGACAAUAAUCUUCUAAGAACUACUGUUCAAAGUGACGGGAACAAUAGCAAAUCCACUGGUGUUAUGGAGGUGGUUAAGAGUAUGGUUGAAGAGCUUGAUAAAUCCAUAAAAAUUGAGCCUCACAGUCUUGAUGUACUAGUAAGUGAAUGGAUGGGAUAUUGCCUACUUUACGAGUCUAUGCUUGGCUCAGUGCUAUUUGCAAGGGACAAAUGGUUGAAGCCAGGCGGCGCAAUCCUUCCAGAUACAGCAAUUAUGUAUGCUGCUGGAUUUGGAAGAAGUUGCACCAGUCUCCCAUUCUGGGAAGAUGUGUACGGUUUCAACAUGUCAUGUGUGGGGAAUGAACUUGUUCAGGAUGCAGCUCGAAUCCCCAUUGUUGAUGUCGUGCAAGAUUCAGAUUUGGUGACACAUGCCUCGGUUCUCCAGAAAUUUGAUCUGGCAACUAUGAGCCCUGACGAUGUGGAUUUCACUGCUACAAUCGAGUUAGAACCAAAGUCAGACAAUGCAGUAGCCAAUCUCACCGAAUCCAAAGCAGCAUUGUGUUAUGGGAUUGUAGUAUGGUUCGACACAGGUUUUACCUCCAGGUUCUGCAAAGAAAUGCCAGCUCUUCUAUCCACAUCACCAUACACUCCCAAGACACACUGGUGCCAGACCCUGCUCACCUUGAGGGACCCAAUAGCUAUUGCCUCCAUGGGGCAGCAACCUGGUGAUAACUCUGCAGUGGUUGGGAGCGAGAAAUGUCCAGUGACGAGACUCAGUCUGAGAAUCAGCAUUGCACGAGGUGUAGAGCAUCGCAGCAUUGACAUCUCCAUGGAGGCUUCUGGAGUUGACGCUGGUGGCCGGAAACGUGCCUGGCCUGCACAGAUCUUCCAUCUGUCGUAGAACAUUUGUGUCUACGUGGAAAGUCUGAGUCAUUGGGGGGAAGUUUUGGAUGACCCCAGAAAUAUCUGGUCUUUGUUUUGUGUGUUGUCCCCCGCUGGUAAGCUGGAUGUGUUUUUCUAAGUUAUAGCAUUCUGAGAAAAUGUAACCCAACAAUGCUUAUCAGAUACAUGAUGUGAAGUGGUAAGCAAACAGCAAGCUUAUCAUAAUGGAAUGUUUUGGCCAACCAUCUUGCUCAUAAGAUUCAAAGUUGAUUGAGGUUGAGUCUCGGCGUGUUGCUUUCUCUUAUAAAGUUGGUGCAUCACUAUCACUGUGAAAAACUCUCCUUAUGUAGCGUUUAUAGGGUGUUACAUCAAUGUAAGUAAUACAAAUUUAGUCCUACGUGUUGCUUAGCGCCAUGGUGAUAUUCAAAAUAUAUCAUGGUGGUAUCAAAAGGAUACCAUGACGGUAUAUAUGAUCGUAAGAUUCAAAAUAUAUAAAAAUGAAUAUAAUUUUGUCGAUAAUUUUUUAUAUGUAAUUUUUUUUUGAAAUUCAAGUUAAAAAGGAAAAACAUACAAUUCCCAAUUAACUAAAGUAUGACAUAAAAAAGUUAUUUAAAUCUCAAUCAUUAGAUUGAUCCAAGAGUUUGAGAUUUGAUUAUAAAGUUUUCAUAAUUUUGAGGUUAUAUAUUUGAAUUUGGCUCAACAUUGUCUAUCUUCAUGCACAAGAUAAAAUAAAUAAAAGAAUUAUGU